AGGGACUUCAGCUGAAACUGUCCCGUUAAAGCGCAUUUUCUGCUCGGCACAGUGUCUGUGUGUGUGACGGUUUAGCGACAUCAUGCCAACGACCAACACGAAGAAGAAGAAGCAGGGGAGAGACACCGCGGUGCAGGGAACCAACGACAGCAGUGUGGUGAGCAAGGUGUCUGCUGCAGCGCAGGGAUACUUCCACGACGUCUUCCUGCAGCACUUUGUGUGCAAAGUGUCCAGAAGAGCUCCGCUCAUCAACAGGGGUUACUACGUGCGCUGGAGAGCCGUGGAUCACUGUGUGACGAGGUUUCUACAGAUCACUGAAAACUGCCCCAGGAGGCAGAUUCUGUCGUUGGGCGCCGGGUUCGACUCGUUGUAUUUUCGCCUGCACGCAGACGAAGAGCUUCACAGAGCUGUUGUGUUCGAGGUGGAUUUCCCAGAUGUCGCUCGGCGAAAGACCGCCCUCAUCACUUCUAACAUCACACUGAGGGGGAUGUUAGACCCCCAUUUACCUUCUCCUACAGGACCUGUUUACGUGUCCAGUGGUCAGUACCGUCUGCUGGGGCUGGAUAUCAGAGAGGAGUCCCAGGUGGAGGAGGCUCUGGGUGCAGCCGGGUUGGACUGGGCUGCUCCGACUCUAAUUCUCUCUGAGGUGGUGCUCACCUACAUGGAAACACAAUGGUCAGAUGUCGUCAUUUGCUGGGCGGCAAAGCUCCUUCCUCAGUCUCUCUUCGUAAUGUACGAGCAGAUCCGUCCACACGACCCCUUCGGUCGGGUCAUGCAGGAUCAUUUCCUGAAACUAAACUCAACCCUGCACGCCCUGCGACAGUACCCAGACGCCGCCGCACAGACACACAGGUUCCUGGACAAGGGCUGGGAGCAGUGUGUGUGUCUGGACAUGAACGACUUCUACCUGGGGCUGGUCCCUGAGGAGGAGAGGAGCAGAGUGGAGGUCCUGGAGCCUUUUGAUGAAUAUGAGGAGUGGCAUCAGAAAUGUUCCCACUACUUCGUCCUCACUGCGUCUCGAGGCUCCUUCACAGCUCAGGCGUUACUCACACGUCCUGCAGUGUCUCCGGUGCCGUCCAUGAGCCCGUCGUGGAGCCCUGCAGCCCUGAGUGUGAAGACUCUCCCAGUCUGUAUGGAGGGGCUGGGGAUGGCCUCCACCUUGCUGAGUCCAGGGCAGGUCCUGCUAACAGGAGGCUCCAGCAGAGGAGGCAGGGGGGCAGUGACUAGACUCCUCCUCCGAGGCCGGGGAGGCUGGAGCUCCGUCAGCGUGGAGCCGUCAGUAGAUCUGGGUGUCCGGCUCUACCACACCGCCACGCCUCGUCCCGGAGGAGGUGUUGUGGUCUACGGAGGCCGCUCCUCUCCUCUCAACCCAAUCACAAGCCUUUUCAGAGUAACCCUGGACCCCUGUGGUGCGCCGGGUCCUGGAGACCCGGAGGACAGAGAUGCAGUGAGACUGUGUGCUGAGCAGAUGGUCUGUACGGGUGACCCACCGCCGCCAAGAUGGAGGCACACCGCUACCAACGUCAGUCAUAAAGGGAAAGACUUCCUGUUUGUGUUUGGUGGAAAGAAUGAAUCACAGGCCGCUCUGGGUGACGCCCACUUCCUGUGUCUUGACCAGCAGCACUGGACCGAGAUCCCAGUAGAGGGUGCAGCUCCAGAGGCCCGCCACUCGCACUCAGCCUGUCCAUAUCAGGGAGGUGUGGUGGCGUUCGGAGGCCUGGACAGAUGGGGGGUCCUGUUGGGGGACACGGUCGUAUUAAGGCCCACAGACAGAGGCUUCUCCUGGGAAAGGAUAGAGGUGCAGCCCCCUCCUGUUCCCAGAUACUCUCACUCUGCCCAUGUGAUUGGUGAGAAGCUGGUGGUGGUGGGCGGAGUUUGGCUGCAUUCAGACGGCGUGCCGGGCGUCGUGGUGAUCGACCUCAGCACGCGGAGCAGCGUGGAGCUCAGACUGGACACGACCUCGGUGCCCUGGCCUCUGAUGCUCCACUCUUUCUGCUCGGAGCCGACAGACUUAGAAGAACCUGAGCUGGUCCUGAUGGGAGGGGGAGGGAACUGUUUCUCCUUCGGGACUCAUGUCAACCCUCGGCCCGUCACCGUGGACCUCAGACCUGCGCUGGGAUGAAAGUGUUUCUAUCCCCAAAUCAGUG